AGUGCCAGUUUUAUACAGUAAGGUGUAAAAGUGUGCAGUUUUCAAAUGUGCAGGGUUCCCGCCGUGGUUUCAGAGGGACGCAUUUGUGGGGUGGCACACGAGGCAGCUAUUUGCAGCAUUAGUGAAGCUCAGCAUCAGUUGGCUUUGCAUCUCAAGUUGGUGUUUGUAAAGAAAUUAAGGGAAAAUCCGCCUGACAGUUUUCCUGAUGUGCGGUUCUCAUUUCCGCUCGGGAUUUUAAGGUCUUUCGAUCAAAUCGGAAGGAGUGUUGCACCCACAUGGGCAGCGUUCUGGCUUUGUCUUCCAGUCCGGGCCAUCAGAACUGGCCUUUCUCCACAGACCCACCUCCUUCCCGCUGGGACGCACACCCUGCUCACUGGGAUAGUCCACCGCGCUGGGAGAGGAGGGAUGGCCGCCUUCCCAACCCAGGCAGCUUUCACUCAUUGCACAGGAGCUGCAAAGAUGUGUUUCCUCAACAGAUUGAGGGUGUUAAGAUGAUACUGAAUAAAACCCUGAGCAGCUUCUUCAAGGUCAGCCAUACGCUCCACCUCAGCGCUGUAAGUCCGUCGUAUUAUCGAUUUCACGUGGAGCACCUGCAAAGUGACGACUAUAGCAAAGACAAGGAUGCUCCAGCGUUGAUCGGGGAGAUGGACUCCUCAGGUAGUCUGAACGCCCACGCUCUGCUGCAUCUCACUGAGCGCGUGCGAGCCAGAACAGUGUUUCAGACCCAGCAGUCCCAGUUUGUAACGUGGCAAUUUGAAACUGAGUACAGAGGGAACGAUUUUACUGCUGCUGUGACGGUGGCCAACCCAGACAUCCUCAGAGAGUCAGUUAUCCUGGUGGCGCAUUUCCUGCAGAGCGUGUCUUCUGGGCUGGUGUUAGGAGGAGAGCUGGUCUACCAUCGGGGACGAGCAGAAGAAGGAGGCAUCCUUACUCUGGCUGGACAGUACUCAAGACCAAACUGGGUGGCAACAUUGAAUGCUGGCAAAGGAGGUGCCCAUGCAAGCUACUAUCACAGAGCCAACAAACAGAUACAAGUAGGGGUGGAGUUUGAAGCCAGUACCAGGACACAGGAGACCACAACAUCCUUUGGGUAUCAGAUGGAGCUCCCAGAGGCUAAUAUGGUCUUUCGAGGUAUGAUAAACAGCCGGUGCAUAAUAGGAGGUGUGUUGGAGAAGCGCCUGACUCCUCUCCCAGCCACACUGAUUAUGGGUGCCUUUGUAAAUCAUAAAGGUGAUAAACUGCAAGUGGGUCUAGGCAUCAACGUGGGUUAAUCAUCAGCUAACCCCCGCUGGAAUUACACUGGAUAUCCGUCCAGAGGCACGUUUCAGAGGCUUUAUUAACAACGUGACCUUGCGAGACUUUUUCAGCCUCACCAAAACACUUCCUGUUUCUUUAAGUCACCUACCUCUCUAAGUGGAGGCGAUGUUUGUCUGACUGAGUGACAACAAGAGGAUUGCACUAAGAGGAGUGGAUGAGCACCUCGAGGGCUCCAGUACAGUAUGUGACUACACAAAUGUUUCAGUCUCCCUAAACCCAAACUGUGCAUCCACUCCUGGACACUGAACCAAAAGGAUAAAAGGCAUACAGUACUGUAAAGUUAAAAUAAAGAUUUUAUAUUAUGGGUAGUCCUAAACAAAUCUAAUGUAAGUACACUGUAUUAAAGAACAAUAGUCUGUGAAGGUUCUCAGUCAUCCAGGUCAUCGUAGUCAAAGGAGC